UCUCCUCUCUAGGAAUCUAAGAACUGUCCAGCGAUGAAGCUAAUGAUUAUAAUCUCCCAGCUUCUUGUUCUUCUUCUCUUUUCGCCCGUCGAAUCAAAGUGCAAUGGAAGCUGCGGUUUAGCUCUAGCAUCCUACUACGUAGAGAGCGAACUAACUCUCCCUACCAUCAACCAAUACCUCAGUUCUUCAAUAGCGCCUUAUGAUGAAAUCAGUUACGAACCAAUCCUCAGGUACAACCGUAACAUACAGAACAACAACAACAGCAACAAUGGUUUGGUCCUCCAGAUAGGUUCAAGAGUUCUUGUACCUUUCCCUUGCGAAUGUCAACCUGGAGAUUUCCUUGGCCACAACUUCACAUACCGUUUCCAACAGAUUGAUACUUACGAAAGAGUCGCCACAAGGAGAUACGCGAACCUCACCACGGAAGAUUCCUUGCAAGGGAGGAAUCCUUUUCCGGCUAACAACAUACCUCCCUCUGCAAGGCUUAAUGUUUUGGUGAACUGCUCUUGUGGUGAUGAGAAUGUUUCUGAGGAUUAUGGUUUGUUUGUUACUUAUCCUCUUCGUCCUGAGGAUAGUCUCAAUAAGAUUGCUAACUCUUCCGGUGUACCGGAGGAUAUUAUUCGUAGUUAUAACCCUGGCGUCGAUUUCAGCUCUGGGGAUGGGAUCGUCUUUGUCCCUGGAAGAGAUCCAAGUGGUGCAUUUCCACAUUUCGUCAAAUCAAGUAAACAAGGUGGUAUUGGUGCUGGAAUUAUCGCCGGAAUAUGUAUAGGAGUGGUUGUAUCUCUCUUGUUAAUCUCGUUUAUCAUAUAUCAUGCUUACUGGAAGGGCAAGUCCAAAGAUUUUAUAAGUAGCUUCCAAAGUAGCAAUUUGGCUGCUGGUACCGGAACCGGAGUAUUUCCUGCCAUUGCUGCCAUAAACGUAGAUAACUCUGUUGAGUUUUCGAUAGAGGAGCUCGCAGAGGCUACUGAUAAUUUCAGUCUGUCUUUUAAGAUCGGUCAAGGUGGUUUCGGGGCUGUUUACUACGCAGAUCUUAGAGGAGAAAAAGCAGCCAUCAAAAAGAUGGACAUGGAGGCAUCUAAACAGUUCUUGGCAGAACUAAAAGUCUUAACACAUGUACAUCAUGUCAACCUGGUUCGCUUGAUUGGAUAUUGUGUUGAGGGUUCUCUUUUCUUGGUGUAUGAAUAUGUUGACAAUGGCAACCUUGGACAACAUUUACAUGGAUCAGGACUAGAACCGCUACCGUGGAUUAAGAGAGUGCAAAUUGCGCUAGACUCAGCUAGAGGUUUAGAAUAUAUCCACGAGCACACGGUUCCGGUCUAUGUUCACAGAGACGUUAAAUCUGCCAAUAUUUUGAUAGACCAGAACUUCCGAGCAAAGGUAGCUGAUUUCGGAUUAACAAAACUGAUAGAAGUUGGAGGCUCAGCAACUCGUGGUGCAAUGGGUACAUUUGGUUACAUGGCACCUGAAACAAUCUAUGCACAAGUGUCAGCAAAAGUAGAUGUAUAUGCAUUUGGAGUUGUCCUAUUUGAAUUGAUUUCUGCGAAAAGCGCGGUUGUCAAAAUGAAUGAAACCGUUGGUGAAUUUAGAAGCCUCGUUGGUGUGUUCGAUGAAGUAUUCAAGAAGACCGACAAAGAAGAAGCACUUCGCAAGAUUAUAGACCCGAGGCUCGGAGAGAACUACCCGUUUGAUUCGGUAUAUAAGAUGGCGGAACUAGGAAAAGCUUGUACGCAAAAGAAUGCUCAACAACGUCCGAGUAUGAGAUACAUUGUCGUUGCUUUAGCCACUCUUCUCUCGUCUACCGGAAAUUGGGAUGUCGCAAACUUCCGAAACGACGACGUCGUCGGUCUUAUGUCCGGCCGCUAGAGUUUCCGGUUUGUUUACCUUUUAUACAAAUGAUUUGCUUCUUAUAAUGCUUCAGCUUCAAGUAUGUACAUACAAGUAUUUGUCUAUAGAAAACGUUGCACGUCACAAGUUGACUUUUUAUAAUCAACUGUUUUGUAUACAUGUCAAUUUUAUUCAGCUCUAAUCUCAGCAUCUCUCACGUCAGUGAUAAUAA